AUGUCAAUAAGCCGCAACGACUUGUCAGCGUCGGGUUCAUCUUCGUCUUCGUCUUCACCUACUGCUACUGGCGCUCCUCUUCUUCGAAAGCAAGAACCUUCGUCGGAGUCGAAGAAUUUAGGCCAGCAGUCACUUCACGCCGACAAAAUAGCUCAAGAGCCAUUGACAGAUGAGAAGACUAAUGAUCAGAGAGUUAAAGAACCCUAUAGCAUCUACACGAGAAACGAAAAGUGGUUCUUGGUUUUGUUAAUUGCGAUCUCUGGGCUGUUUAGUCCGCUCACUGCGAAUGUUUAUUUCCCCGCUAUACCUGCCAUCGCAGGAGCAUUCCACAAGUCCACGGAGCUCAUCAAUCUCACAAUCACGAUGUAUAUGAUCUUUCAAGGAAUUUCUCCAAUGCUAUUCGGGACUUUGGCUGAUAAUGUCGGAAGACGAAUUAUUUACGCAUCAUGUCUCCUUAUCCUAUCGCUCACCUGCGUCGGACUAGCUCUGAUCCCAACAUCGGCGUAUUGGCUUCUUCUCUUGCUCAGGUGCUUGCAGUCUACGGGUUCGGCUAGCACGAUUGCGCUAGGCGCAGGUGUAAUCGGGGAUAUCGCGGAAGCACAUGAGAGAGGUGGUUUUUUUGGAGUGUAUCAGAGUGGGCCUUUGCUCGCUCCAGCCAUUGGACCAGUCAUUGGAGGUGCGUUAGCUGGUACGCUGGGAUGGAGGUCAAUCUUCUGGUUCCUAUGUAUCUCUUCCGGAGUCGCCUUUCUGGUUGUAAUUAUAUUUCUCCCGGAAACUCUUAGAUCCAUAGUCGGAAACGGGAGUCUUCCCACAAAGUCAUCCAUCCUCCACCAACCACUCAUCCGAAUUGUCGGUCGAGGUCGCGCAGGAGGGUCAUCCAAACCCAAAUCAAACCAACCUCAACCUUCUCGCAAAAGAAAACCAUUCAAGAACCCCUUCGGAAUUCUCCUCCACAACCCCGACAUCACCCUUAUUCUUUUCUUCAACGGGACGGUCAACGCAGUCUACUACGCCGUUACUGCAACCAUCUCAACCCUCUUCGCUUCGGCGUAUCCGCAAUUAGGCGAGACAGAAGUCGGGUUGUGUUUUCUGGCGAUCGGGGGAGGAAUGUUUCUGGGGAGUUUGACAAGUGGGAAGGUGUUGGAUUGGGAGUUUGGGAGGAUACAGAAGGAAGUGAAGGAAAGGGGAAGAGAGAAGGGUACAGAGAGAGGAGAAGGAGAAGAACAAAAGAAAACAGGAAGGUACGAUGAGGAUUUCCCGAUCGAGAAGGCUCGACUCCGUCUCAUUCCGUUCUUCAUGAUCUUUUUCGUCGGUGCGAAUCUAGGAUACGGAUGGUCCAUACAGCGACAGGUACAUAUCAGUGUUCCGUUGAUAUUGCAGUUUAUUGUGGGAUUCAUAGCUAUCAUCGUGAUGAACGCAGAUGCGACGUUCGUUAUUGACUUGAUGCCUGAACAGAGUUCUUCCGUUUCUGCUUGCAAUAAUCUUUUCCGCGGCACAUCCGGUGCACUCCUCGUCUCAGUCAUCGACCUCAUCGCAAACGCACUCGACGGUCCUGGGUGGACGUUCAUUCUUCUGGGAGGGGUAUGUGCGGUUAUGACGCCGAUGGUGUAUGUGGUGAUGCAGAUUGGGCCGGGGUGGCGAAUCAGGAGGGCAAUAAGAGCUGGGAAGUAG